AUGGCGUCGGACGGUCCGGAUCCGCAAAGCCUCAAGUCAUGGCAGGAUGCCUUCCAAUAUCCGAUUCCCACCGUUCGUCGCGUGGAACAAGAGCUCCGCCGAGACAUUGCAAGCAACAAGGAGAAGCUCCGAGCUCUUGUUGGGACGAGAUAUCGUGAACUUGUCGGAACUGCGGAGACAAUUGUCCUGAUGAACGGCGAGAUUCAGGAGGUGGAUUCGACUUUGGCGGACAUUGGACGGAGAUGCAACCCACGACUGGUCGAGAAGAUGCAUGCGCAUAUGAAUCAAAUCAAAGACGAUGUUCAGGAUAAGGAUACCGACAAACGGACAUUGGGCGGCCAGCUCUCUCUCUUGCACCGCUGUACGCAGGCCAUUGCCCGGCUUCUGAGGAAGCGUGGUUCGCCUUUGCUUAUAGCGAAACUUCUGGUUGUUUCUCGACUGCUCCACAAGACACUCUCACAACAGGCAACAACUCCCCCAUUCCUCGACAAUUUGCGCACCCAGUUGGCAUCCCUUAGGCGUACGCUACUGAAGAGGAUAGACAAGCGCCUUGCAUCCGCAAAGUCUAAGGUUGAUGGUAUCAUCGAGGCAUUGGCGGCCUACUGUUUAGCAACCAGCUCGUCAUCGGAUGAUGCCAUUCGACAUUUUCACCAUGUUCGCUUGGACGUUAUUGGAAGCCAGUUGGAAGCUACCGAUGGAUCAGGCGACAAUGUCCUUAACGCUCUACAACUCUACAUUCAAACCCUUCAGCUGUCGAAAACGCUACAUUCCCGUCGACUGUCGGAUGUGCUCAGCAAACUCAAAGCACGACCUCUUCUGGCCGAUCCAGACAUUCGUUCUUUGGACGAACUGAGCCUCGACGUGCUUGGACGCUGGGUAGCUGCGGAUGUCAUGAAUUUCACUCCCUGGAUCAAAUUAAGUGAGCUAUCAAAACAAGAAGCCGAAAAGACCAUCAAGCAAUGGUCAAACCAGGCUUUUGACGCCUUGAUCAAAGGGUGCUCUCAUGCCCUAACGAAUUGGCGGAACUUUUUUGAACUGCUUUCGCUUCGUCGCAGGGCGUUGGAGCAAUGGCUAAGUUCUUGGGGCUCAACGCCCACCCAUUCGCCUUUGAGUGUGCUAGACGGCAUUCGGGCUGUGUUCAAUGAGCGACUUGGCACAAUUUUGUCGGAUCAAGCGAAGAGCCUGGAGCAUUUUGGUCAAGUUGUUUCGGAUGUCGUCAUCAACUGGGAUACUCGAGAGCACGCAGAGGUACUUUCUCUGUGGGACGAAGAGUUGAUCAACCUCGAUUAUUCAAACGGUGCUGCCGUCUUUAAGCAAACUCUCGCGGAUAGAUUACUUGGCCACGAUGAUGACAUAUCCGUUGUUUUGGGGAGCUAUGAAGCUUGGCUCGCAUCGAUUGGAGAAUCUAAAGAGCAGAUUGAUGAAAUGAAGCGAGUGCGAUGGACUGAUGUUCUGGAAGAAGGUGACGAUGAAGAUACGGAUUUGGAUAUCACAUCCAUCUUGAAUGACGACGAUACUGCCUUUCUUCGUGAUGCACUUGGAAAAGCCGUCGGGGAAUCUUUCGACCAUCUUCAGUCCUCCUUUGCAACCACUUUCCGAGCCUUCGGACCGUCUAACCAGCAUAAAAAAGCUGCGUUCUUGCUCAAACUCAUUAGACUUGUUCGGCGAGACCUCCCUGCUGAGCUCAUUGCGGACGACUUCGCGUUUUCCAAGGAUAUCGUCCCCGAACUGCAGCAAUCACUUGCCAAAGAAGUGAUUGCACAAACGGGAACGUUGAACUUACCGGCGAAACUCGACCCGUCCGAAAAGCUGCCCGGUCGAAGCCUUUGGGAAGGUGACCCAGAGCUUCCAGUCCAGCCGUCGCCAACGAUCUUCAGGUUUCUCCGCCGUUUGGUGAAUAACAUGGACGGGUAUGGCUCAGGGCUCUGGGACUUAUCCACAGUUCAGACUCUUAAAGGAGAGUUGCGAAAAGAGCUGUCGGCCAGCGCGAUGGCCACACUUAAGGUGUUGGAUCUCUCCACUAAUGGCGAGAAGAGUACGGUAGUACACGACGCACAACCGGUUGAGAAUGAGGGAAACAAUCAAGAACCGAAGUCCGAGACCAGUGGUACAGCGACAACCCAGGAGACGGAUGACUACAGAAUUCAGGUCUUUUUCGACCUCGUCUACUUGAGCAGUGCUCUAUCGGGCAAAGGGCUGGUAGAUGAGCCCCUGUCAGACACAGUUGCAAACCUUCGUAGCAGUCUUGAUUCGAUUCCCAAGGCACCUAAGACUAUAGAGCAAAGGGCUCUCAACUAUUGGAAACGGACUCAAUUACUAUUCGGGCUGCUGGCAGUGGGGACAGAGUAG